CCCCUCCCGGAAAUGACGCCACUUGACCUUUCACCCACGAAAAGCGCGGGGCCUUCCGGAAGGUUCUAGAACCGAGCGCGGCCCAGGAACCAGUGUACGGCGGCGGGAGAGUGCUGAGGCCACGGGGCUGAGGCCGCUCAGAAAUGCUUCGACUACCCACAGUCCUUCGCCAGAUGAGACCAGUGUCUCGGGCACUGGCUCCUCAUCUCACUCGGGCCUAUGCCAAAGAUGUAAAAUUUGGUGCGGAUGCUCGAGCCUUAAUGCUUCAAGGUGUAGACCUUUUAGCCGAUGCUGUAGCUGUUACAAUGGGGCCAAAGGGAAGAACAGUGAUUAUUGAACAGAGUUGGGGAAGUCCCAAAGUAACAAAAGAUGGGGUCACUGUUGCAAAGUCAAUUGAUUUAAAGGAUAAAUACAAAAAUAUCGGAGCUAAGCUUGUUCAGGAUGUUGCCAAUAACACAAAUGAAGAGGCUGGGGAUGGCACCACCACUGCCACUGUUCUGGCACGGUCUAUUGCCAAGGAGGGCUUUGAGAAGAUCAGCAAAGGGGCUAAUCCAGUGGAAAUCCGGAGAGGUGUGAUGUUGGCUGUUGAUGCUGUAAUUGCUGAACUUAAGAAACAAUCUAAACCUGUGACAACCCCUGAAGAAAUUGCUCAGGUUGCUACAAUUUCUGCAAACGGAGACAAAGACAUUGGGAACAUCAUUUCUGAUGCAAUGAAGAAGGUUGGAAGAAAGGGUGUCAUCACAGUGAAGGAUGGAAAAACCCUGAAUGAUGAGCUAGAAAUUAUUGAAGGCAUGAAGUUUGAUAGAGGAUAUAUUUCCCCAUAUUUUAUUAACACAUCAAAAGGUCAAAAAUGUGAAUUCCAAGAUGCCUAUGUUUUGUUGAGUGAAAAGAAAAUUUCUAGUGUUCAGUCCAUUGUACCUGCUCUUGAAAUUGCCAAUGCUCACCGGAAGCCCUUGGUCAUAAUUGCUGAAGAUGUUGAUGGAGAAGCUCUUAGCACACUGGUUUUGAACAGGCUAAAAGUUGGUCUUCAGGUUGUAGCAGUCAAAGCUCCAGGGUUUGGGGACAACAGGAAGAACCAGCUUAAAGAUAUGGCUAUCGCUACUGGUGGUGCGGUGUUUGGAGAAGAGGGUUUGAAUCUAAAUCUUGAAGAUGUUCAAGCUCAUGAUUUAGGGAAAGUUGGAGAGGUCAUCGUCACCAAAGAUGAUGCCAUGCUUUUGAAAGGAAAAGGUGACAAAGCUCACAUUGAAAAACGUAUUCAAGAAAUCACUGAGCAGCUAGACAUCACAACUAGUGAAUAUGAGAAGGAAAAGCUGAACGAGCGACUUGCUAAACUCUCAGAUGGAGUAGCUGUGUUGAAGGUUGGAGGGACAAGUGAUGUUGAAGUGAAUGAGAAGAAAGACAGAGUUACAGAUGCUCUCAAUGCUACAAGAGCAGCUGUUGAAGAAGGCAUUGUUCUAGGAGGGGGCUGUGCUCUACUUCGGUGCAUCCCAGCCUUGGAUUCAUUAAAGCCUGCUAAUGAAGAUCAGAAGAUAGGUAUAGAAAUUAUUAAAAGAGCACUUAAAAUUCCUGCAAUGACAAUUGCUAAGAAUGCAGGUGUUGAAGGAUCUUUGAUAGUUGAAAAAAUUCUGCAGAGUUCCUCAGAGGUUGGCUAUGAUGCCAUGCUUGGAGAUUUUGUGAACAUGGUGGAAAAGGGAAUCAUUGAUCCAACAAAGGUUGUAAGAACUGCUUUACUGGAUGCUGCUGGGGUGGCCUCCCUGCUAACUACAGCCGAAGCUGUAGUGACAGAAAUUCCUAAAGAAGAGAAGGACCCUGGAAUGGGUGCAAUGGGUGGAAUGGGAGGGGGUAUGGGAGGUGGCAUGUUCUAACUCCUAGAAUAGUGCUUUGCCCUUAUCAAUGAACUGUGGCAGGAAGCUCAAGGCAGGUUCCUCACCAAUAACUUCAGAGAAGUCACCUGAAGAAAAUGACUGAAGAGAAGGCUGGCUGAUCACUGUAACCAUCAGUUACUGGUUUCCUUUGACAAUACAUAAUGGUUUACUGCUGUCAUUGUCCAUGCCUACAGAUAAUUUAUUUUGUAUUUUUGAAUAAAGACAUUUGUACAUUCCUGAUGCUGGGUGCAAGAGCCAGUGUCCUGCUUUCAACUUAAAUCACUGAGGCAUCUCUACUGUUCUGUUAGCAUCAGGACUGUAGCGCUGUGUCACCACAUGAGAAGUUCAGAAGCAGCCUUUCUGUGGAGGGUGAGAAUGAUUGUGUACAGAGUAGAGAAGUAUCCAAUUAUGUGACAACCUUUGUGUAAUAAAAUUUUGUUUAAAGUUC